AUGUCAACGCCCUUCUCAGGCAGAAAUGUCAUCAUUGCGCGGCCUUUUUCGAGACAAACACAGAGCAUAGUCAAGCUGCUGAAGGACAGUCGAGGGAUCAAUGUGGCCGAGAAAUAUGAGGCGUCGGAAGGUGAUAUUGGGCUUCACGAAGGGACCGAUCUUCUCAAACAAUUGAAAACUCUCGCGUUCACCCUUCACAAUCAUGGAUAUCCCCUCGAGGCCAACGCUUUGCUGGAAGUUCAUGAAUUGGGCAUGACAUCUACACAAUUUGGCGGCCUUGGCUUGCGUCAAGAUGACAGCGAACAAUUCUCUGAACAAGACACGGCGGAGCUGCUUUUCCUAGUUUCAGCCCAACUUGAGGCCUUGAAUUCGGCCGAUAGGGCCAGGGAGCCUGUGGUUCCACUGCCUGUCCGACCAAGUGGGCGGAGAGGGAUGACUUUGAGCGAGAAGAUCUUUGCCGCCCACGAUGUCGGUCGCAGAGGUGAAGUCCAGCCGGGCGAUAUGAUUCGAGUGGACAUUGAUUGGAUCAUUGCAUCCGAGUUCUCUUGGAGGGGUAUGGAAAGAUGGUACGAUCGCUUAGGAAAGCCUGGCAUUUAUCGAAACGAUCGCUUUUGGCUUGCUGGAGAUCACCUCGUCGAUCCUCGUAUCAUGGAACACCCCAAAAUCAAACCCUACGUUGAGUCGGCCGAGCGUGCGAAAAGACAAUUCAGGAUGACAGAAAACCAGGGUAUGAAUUAUACAAUUAUGCACACCGAAUUCUGCCGCGAGCGGGCCCAACCCGGGAUGCUCGUUAUAGGAUCAGAUUCUCACACAUGCUCGGCCGGAUCGGUUAGCUGUCUUGCGAUAGGGCUUGGAGUUGCCGAUGUACUUUUGUCCCUGGUCACGGGCGAGACCUGGUUUAAGAUUCCAGAGACAGUCGAGAUUCGCUUCGUCAAUAAGCCAAAACCGGGUAUAUCAGGAAAGGAUAUCAUUCUGUAUAUCCUCAAGGAACUCAAGCGUAAUACCGUGGCUGCAGAACGUGUAGUGGAAUAUACAGGGCCAGGGAUUGAGUAUCUAUCGUGUGAUGCUCGAUUUGCAAUUGCAAAUAUGACUACAGAGUUUGGAGGUGUAACUGGGAUCUUCGUCCCAGAUACAACCACGCAAGAGUUCAUCAACAAACGAAAGAAACCUAAGUAUCGAUCACAUUCGACAUAUUUUCGUCCAGACCCGGACGCCCAAUAUGUCGAGAUGCACGUUAUAGACCUUGCUCAGGUUCAGUCGUUCGUGGCAAGGUAUCCGAAGCCCGAUGAUGUUGUCCCGGUGGGUGAGGUCGCUGGGCUUGAAUUGCAAGGCUGUUUUAUUGGAGCAUGCACGACGGCAGAGGAGGAUCUCGUACUGGCAGCAUUAGUACUUGAGGAAGCCAUGAAGCGGGGAGCAAAGCCGGUCAGGACUGGAAUAAGAAAGAUGAUUCCUGGAUCUCUCCCAAUCCUACACAAACUACGCAGCACCGGACUAGUCGACAUCUAUCAGCGAGCUGGGUGGGAGAUUGGCGUCCCAAGCUGUAGUUACUGCGUUGGUGCUUCCGCUGAUAAAGCUGCCAAGGGGGAAACUUGGUUGACAAGCCAGAAUCGCAAUUUUGAGAAUAGGAUGGGCCCAGGGGCUUUCGGCAAUCUGGCGUCUGCAGUUACCGUGGCAGCCAGCAGUUUUGAUAUGAAGGUGACAGAUCCCGGCUCACUGCUUGACGCCAUCGACAUCCAACGGCUACAUGACUACAUGACACCUGGACUCCAGCAGGACCCACCGUCAAAGCUAGGUUAUGUCGAGCCCGGAGCCAAACCCAGUAUAUCAACCGAAGAGAUGAGAGUAAAGCAGAGCAGCACAGACGAGACCACUGCGUCCAAUGAGAAAUCCCACCUGCAGGUCAGUCCUCUCGCAGACCUCGAUGUGCGAGUUGCGUCACCCGAUGUCGAACCAGGAUCCUUGUCUUCGAUGAUUCGCGGAAAAGUGCAACUCUUGGGUGACUUUAUCGACACAGACGCACUCGCACCUGCGGAAGGUGCGUUACACGCCAAUGUCACGAAGGAGAUUCUCGGCAGCUACUGCCUGUUUCAUACACACCCGGGUUUUCGUCAACGCGUCAAGGAUGGCCAUACUAUAAUCGUGGCCGGCGAAGCAUUCGGCUGUGGUAGCAGUCGUGAGGACGCGGUCUUCGCACUCCAGGGUGCUGGUGUGCAGUGUGUCAUUGCAAAGUCCUUUGCAUUCAUUUAUGCGCGUAACCAGCCUAAUUUGGGCUUGCUAGGAUUCGAGAUGAAGAGCCCGAGAUUCUGGGAGUUGGUUGCCGACGAAAAGGAAAUUAAGGUCGACAUCGAUCGAACUGUGGUAUAUUUGGAUGUUGACGGGCAGGGCACUUGGGAGUCAUUCCCCUUUCAAUUAGGCACAAUGCAACGCAGACUCCUGGAUUGCGGCGGCGCCGAGAACGCCUUUGGGAGGUAUGGGAAAAGUUUGUGGUCUAAACUUGCAGCACCUGCCUCGAGUGACCCGGUCACAGACCUCUCCGAAAAGCCCUUGAUGCUUCCCCAGCUAGAACAAGGCGCUGACAAGGGCAAGACGGACUGGUAG